AUGUAUAAUCAUUUUUUGUAUUUUCCUUUUGAAAAAUUUCUAUUCAUCUUUAUACUUGUUGUUUGGUUAGCCUUCCAGACAAACAAACGUCCGUCCUAUAUUACAAAAAAAUAUAAAAUUGAUGAUGUAAAAAAUAUUGAUAUGAUUAUCCAACAUGAUAUAGUAAUUAACACACAAAAUAUAAUGUGUAUAUUUUAUAUACUUUAUAUAAAUAAUUUGGAUAAAAAUAAAAAUUUUAUACAGUACAAAAAUUUCAAAAAAAAUAAAAGUUACAAAUAUAAAAAUAAUAAUAAUAAUAUUAUUAUUAUUAAUAGUCAUAGUCAUAGUAAUAGUCAUAGUAAUAGUCAUAGUCAUAGUAAUAGUCAUAGUAAUAGUCAUAGUCAUAGUAAUAGUCAUAGUAAUAGUCAUAGUCAUAGUAAUAGUCAUAGUCAUAGUCAUAGUAAUAGUCAUAGUAAUAGUCAUAGUCAUAGUAGUACUCAAAACAGUUUAUAUCAUGAUACAAAUCAGGCUAAUUUUUUGAAACCAACUUCUUUCUUUCUCUAUAAACAUCAUGUUUAUUUUAAUCAAAAAUAUAAAAAGGAUCCAAACAUUUUAAAUAAAUUAAAAGUACCAAGGAAUCAUAUUUUUCACAUUAAUAAAUGUGAUUUAAAUUAUUAUAUACAGAAUUAUGAAUUUUUUUUUUUUUUUCCAGAUUAUUAUGAAUAUUCUCAUUUAUAUAUAAGAUUAGAUAAAUUGUUUUAUUUUCAAAGAUGUGGGUGUGACACAAAUAUUAAGAAAACGAAAAAAAGAAAUCAAAAUAUAUUUAAUAAUAUGUUAGGUAUGAAGGAAAAGGAUACAUAUCUACAGAACGAAAUAUGUGAUAUAUAUUGGAAUUAUCUUAAAGAUGAUAAUACAUAUGAUAAGUAUAAUUUUAGUAUAAUAAAUUAUAUAAAGAACAUAAUUAAAAAAAUGUACAGAUAUUUAUAUAUAUAUAAAGUGUUUGUUUUAAAACAAUUUUAUCGUAUAGUGUAUUAUAACCAAGGUAUUAGGAAUUUUUAUUAUAUGUUGUUUUCAUAUAUAUAUAAUAAAGGGUCUAUUAUAUAUAAUUAUAACCAAAUGUAUUUUAAAAAACAUCGAAAGAAACAAACAAUUAUACGAUCAAAAAGAUUUAUGAAUGAACAUAUAAAAGAAGAAGAUGUUGAUUAUAAUAUUGUUAAAGAUGAAAAAGAUAAAUCUAUACAAUCAACCGAACAGAAAUCCUAUUUAAAAAAUAAUACUAUUCAAUAUUUCCAAUGUUUUCUUGAUAAAGCUAUGGAGAAUAAAAAUGCCGAAAAUGAAUUAGAUAAAUGGAUAGAUCCUCAGAGUAAAUCAUGUUACUGUAGUGAGGAAUUUGCUGAACCAUGUACAUCUGAAGAUCUUGUGGAUAUAAAUAAUAUAAAUCAAAUAAUGGAUAAUGCCUUUUGUGAAUAUAAUAAUAAUGAUAAUAAUAAUAAUGAUAAUAAUAAAAAUAACAAUAAUAAUAUCAAUAACAUUAUCAAUAUUUAUGAUAAUAAUAUUUUGGGUGAUAAUGUGAAAAAUAUUUUCGUUGCAUUAUCUGAAUAUAAAAUAUUACAAUGUAAUGAUAAAGAAAAAAAGGAUAUAAUAAAGAAAGAACAAUUAUAUAAUUAUUGUAAAUAUGGUUUAAAUAUUUGGGAUAAUAAAAAUAUGUAUGAUUAUUUAAAUUGUUUGAAUGUUAUAAGUUAUAAUAAGAAAGAUGAUAAAACAUGUAUAAGAAAAUGUGAGAAUAUAAAAAAAUUAUGUAAUAUUGUUGCGCAAUUUUAUUCAUUCGAAGUUUGUAAGAAAUAUUAUGAAAAUAAUAAACAUACAGAAGAUAUAUAUAUUAACAAUUUUAAAUAUUUUUCUGAUCAUUGUAAAUAUAUAGAUCCUACAAAUAGAGGAUUGGUAUUAUGUAAACAUAAAAAUGUGGAAUGUGUUUAUAGUCAAUGGUCUGAAUGGUCAACAUGUUCAAAAACAUGUAUAGAAAAUGAAUAUGAUACAAAUUCAACCAGAACACGUACAAGAAUUUUAUUAAAUAAAUUUGAGGUACCUUCAAAAUCAUGUAGUUUUAUUAUAAAUGAAAAAAAUAAUUUAAUGGAUAUAAAUUUCUGUUCAUAUUUACCAUUUUGUAAUAAAAAUAAUGAUAUGAAAAAAAAGGAUGAUGAACGUAUUAUGCCUUUUGUUAUAUCAAUAAAAGAAAUAGAAAAAUUAAAUACACUUAAAUAUUUAAAUAAUGAUGAUAAUGAUUUAUUAAAUGAAAAUUAUAAAAAUUAUGAAUCUGUUCAUAAAAAUAAUGAAUGUAAAGUUACAGAUAUGUACCAAUAUGAAUAUGCUAUAUCAUAUAAUGAAAAAAAUAAAUCAUGUUCAUGUCCUAAUAAUCAAUCACCAUGUUAUUUUAAAGAUAUAUACAAUUCAGAAUCUUGGAAAAAAUCAUUACAUAUAUUAUGUAAACAUAAUCCACAUAUAAAUGUUAUUACUGCUGAUUAUAUUAUAAUCGAUUGUAAUAUGUCUAUAAGUAUAAAAAAAAAAGAAAUUGCUGUAAAUACUUAUCUUGCUAUGACUUUUAAUUGUCAUUCAGAUAUAUUUCAGUAUAUAUUUUGUGCAAAAAAUAUUCAAUCAAUAAGAACAAAUUUUAUAUAUAUUAUUAUUACAUGUGCUUUCGGAUUUAUUUCAGCUAUAUAUAUUAUACAUAUAUUCAUUAAUAAGUGGCAUAUUUUUAAAUUACUCUUACAUAAACAAAACAAAAAAAAAUCAUACUAA